GGGCAGGGGGCGGAGUCAGAUCCGUGCUGCAGCUGUCCAUGGUUGUGUGAAGCCUCAGAGGUUCUGUACUAUGCGGCCAUAGUCACGCUCCAGCCCCUCAAACCACGAGCUGCAGGGAUCCUUUGGCCUCACAGAGCACCGGAGAACACUGAAAGGUUUUCUUGUCUGUGGACUUAAGGAAUCAUGGCUGAACAUCAGAGGCAACGCUCUCUGUCCACCGCUGGCGACUCUCUCUACCUCGUGUUGGGAGUCGAGAAGGUCGCCACAUCUGAUGACAUCAAGAGAUCUUACAGGAAGCUGGCGCUGAAGUUCCACCCCGACAAGAAUCCCGACAAUCCAGAAGCGGCAGAUAAGUUCAAGGAGAUAAACAGCGCCCAUGCGAUUCUCAACGAUCCCACCAAGCGUAACAUUUACGACAAGUACGGCUCCCUUGGCCUGUAUGUGGCCGAGCAGUUCGGAGAAGAGAACGUUAACACCUACUUCGUCCUCUCCAGCUGGUGGGCGAAGGCUCUGUUCGUGUUCUGCGGCCUGGCCACCGGCUGCUACUUCUGCUGCUGCCUGUGCUGCUGCUGCAACUGCUGCUGUGGAAAAUGUAAACCACGGCCUCGGGAGGGCCAGGACCAGGAGUUUUACGUGUCCCCGGAGGACCUGGAGGCCCAGCUGCAGUCUGACGAGAGAGAGGCUGGUGUUGAUCCCAUAGUGCUGCAGCCGUCGGCCACAGAGACGACCCAGCUCACAGCGGAUGGACACCACUCCUACCACACCGACACCGGCUUCAACUAACCCCCUGUCCCCAGCGAUCCUGGCCCAUGGUCCUGCCUGCUUUCCCCCUGCUCCACCUCCGUGAGACGACUGAAAGGGGCGAUCCAUCUUUCCACUUCCGAUCGGGAGCCAUGCUGAGGAGAGGGACUCGUAAGCAUGGUCCAUGAGAGGAACUAAUGAAGUCACGUCCCUUACACCCUUUCCUGAUUGGUACACCCACUUAUUUACCCCCCCCAGUACGAUAAGAAAAGAGAAACAACCAAAUUAUUAUGUUUAUUUUUUAUGUCUUCUUUUGUAUUUCUUGGCCUUCAACCACACAGGUCGCCUCCCCUCCCCCUCACUCUCCCUCUCCCAUACUCUGCAUCACGGUGUAGCAUGCACUGUUAAACGAAACAUAGUCUUCAGAAUCUUAAGUCAUCCUUUGCAGCAUUUUUACUUUGCAAGACUCAUAAUGUAGGUGCGUACGUACGUGCAAUAUGUUCAUCUGAGUACAGUUCACCAGGAGGAGGUAACAGUCUACGUGAUAUUGUCUGCUGAAGGAAGGAGAGCCAUGGCUCAGGGAGGUGCUGGUUAGAGAGCUGUUUGUUGUGUCCGGUGGUGCCAUCAUCCGUAAACCUUUCAAGAACAGAGUUGUCUUAUGUUUGAUUUGAGAAUUCCACCCGCUGUCCUCCGAACUUCCAGUGUGUGUUUGUCUGUGUGUCGUCUGCUCCCCCAGAUCUUUUCACUAAUGAGGUUUUUAAGGCCCAGAGCUUUACUUGCAGACACUAUUACUUAGGUAUUUAUUGAUUAUUGACUAUUUCCUCCACCCGUCGAAGCUUCAUUUUCAGCCCAUUGAUCCAGGACAUUGACGACUUCCUGUCUUUCCUAAAGCACUGAACAGGUUGUUUGGAUAUUUAUCAUCAAGGUAAAUUUCAUAUUGAUUUACGAUCGAUUUCCUGUUCUGUUAGAUUAACCAAUGAACACUUUUUGACAGAGCAGCAGUUACACGUGGUUUGUUAAAUCGUUGACAUUGGAUGGAUCUCAUAGAAAAACAUUGAUAAGGGACAUUUUUUAAUAAUUACAAUUUGAUUUAGAGGAUGAGAAUUUUAUUUUUCGGUAAAGUGUCUCAGUUGUUGGGAUCAUAUGCUGAGCCGCUGCCGCCUCCCCCCCCCCUGUCCUUUUUUUGUUCAUAAAAUAAAACUAUUUUUGAGACGUCUCGUGGAAGCUGAUAGUAUUUUUAUUUUUAUUGAUUUUGUUAGCUGUAUAGAAAAGCUCUAGAUAAACCCUCUGACUGAUCACAUGUUAGAAAUAACAGAUCACUAUCAGCAGCCGCCCUGGUUCAGACAUGUUUUUAAAUUGUCUUAAACGAUAUUAAGUCGUUGAUGUUAGCGGGAAUUAAAGUUGACUACAGAAUAUUGACUUGGGGAUAUUUUAGGUCGGCGGAAAUACUCAUCCCAUGUUUUUAGUCCUUGUGUUUUGAACUGAAGUCGGAUGACUCUGAUAUGUUUGUCCGAUGCCGUGUGAUGUUUAGCCUUUUUGACUUUUUCGAACCCAUCUUGUAAAUCAUAUCAUCCGUGAGCCAGUGCUACAGGCAGCUCAGUAAAAUGACUCUAGAUUUUUUCAUACUACUGAACUUGCACAUACUGCGGCACACUUCCACAAUUUGCCAUGAACAUCUUUGUCCGUUUCAUAACCGCUAACAAUGUGUUUUAAUGGUUUACACUUGGUGAGCUCCUGUUGCCCACCCUCUGCUAUUAACGGUAUGGAUGUUGACCUCUGUGGCCCUUGUAUGAUGUUUCCUGUGACCCUUGAUGAAACAUAGAUGUUCCUGUCAUGGCUUUUUCAUUAAGAUACUGAAAAAUGCUACUGUAAAUGUUCUAAGUUGAAUGCACUGUGUGUUUAAAAAAAAAACCUAUAAUGGAUCAAUGAUCAGGACGUGACUCAAUAAAAAUACAACAUAGUAUAUAGUGUAAUUAUAGUGAAAUGGUUCUAUGAUGCAUUCUUUUGGGAUUUUAUUUAUUUCAUACCUUUGUCAUGUUUCAAAUGAUGAUUGGCUUUAACUUUACUGGUAUGGUGUUGUAAUGUAACCAUUAAAUCUGGCAAGGAAUGGUUUAAUGGUUCAGGUCGCUUAUACAUACACUUGACCCACAUAAAGUAUAAACUUUAACGUUUAUGUUGUAGCAUGGUAAUUGUGUGUCUGGAAGAAAACAAGUGGAUCAUUGAUCUGAUUUGCCGUUGUUGAAUAAAUGUUCAUGGAGA